AUGAGAUCAUUCGGUCGGCUCCACGAACCGGCCGAGGCCGCACCCGACGGCGGCAGCCAAAUUCGCCUUCGCCGCGAGCGCGACGCGGCGCUGGCCGAGCUGGCGCAGGCGAGGCGCAAGGUCACCUCGCUCCAAGCGGAGCUGACCAAGACGCUGCGGGCGCUCAUGGCUGCCGGCCCGGAACACGGCCAGGCGGCUGCUCGCGCCGCGGCGACCGUGGUGCCCGCAGAGGCGAAGACAGAGAUUGUGGAGCGCUCGGCCGAGCGCGAGCGGCUCGAGAGGGCGGCGGCCGCAGAGGCGGCGGCAUCAGACGCGUAUGCGGCGGCCGCCGCGGCCAGCGUCUCGCCGUCAGAGCCGUCGUCUCGAAGGCGUGGCUUCGCGAGCUGCAUCGUGCCCUGCUUGCUGGGCGUGCUCCUGGGUGUGUGUUUGACGCUUAGCGCCAGCUUGCUGCUGCCGAGAUCAUCGUGGCCUCCUGCAUGGACCAUGGACGGGACCUGA